UUGAGUCAAGUGCGAGUCCAACAGAGAGAGCGAAUGCGAGCAGUUGAGUGGGAUGCAAGGAAGCAAUAAAACAGAACAUUGGAAGAACAUUAGGAUUCAAAGACAAAAAGUUUCAAAAUGAACGUUAUGAGACAAUGAAACGGGCUGCAAAAAGGAAUUCGUAGAGAGAGGACAGAACAUUAAGGAUGUGUUUUAUUUUGUAUUUUGGAGAGGAUGUCAACGUUGUUUUUCCAAGUAGCUAACAACAUUGCCAUUCAAAAGGAAAUGCAUCAGAAGGAGGCAACGCUGAUAUCUCCAAGGGGUCCUUAGACCUGAGGCUGUUGUCCUCCUGCCCCUCUGCCCACAGCCUCCUACCAAGCUGGUCUCUUUUAAUGGUUGGCACUGGCCACCGCGGCCCUGAUUACUGCCCACACAGACACAGCCUGAUGAUCACUGGUGCCAUGGGAGCGGUGCGAGUCAACAGAUACAGCAUCGUAGCCACCGAUGAAGACCACUUCAAGAUCUCCACCCUGGGCCUCCACAAUGGCCAUGGUCCCCUGAUGCACCACAAUAUGACUGGGAGGGGUAUGGGGGGCGGAGGAGGUGGUGGUGGUGGAGGAGGAGGAGGUUCAGAAGGAGGAGGAGGCGGCAGCUCCCUAGCCCUGCGAGCAACAGAGUCUGUCCACAACGGCCGCCAAAUCUCCACGACGGGGCCCAACCAUGUCCGGAGCCGCUUCGUGAAGAAGAACGGCCAGUGCAACGUGGUUUUCCACAACAUGGAAGACAAGACGAAACACUAUCUGGCCGACAUAUUUACCACCUGCGUGGACAUCCGCUGGCGUUACAUGCUGCUCCUCUUCACCUCUACCUUCCUGCUCUCCUGGUUCCUCUUCGGGGUGGUCUUCUGGGGAGUGGCCCUGGCCCAUGGGGACUUCGACCUUCGACCCGGCCUGGGAGAGGGGCCUCUGGCCGGCUUGGAGGGAGGAGGGGUGGAGUGGAAGCCCUGCAUCCUACACGUCCAAGGCUUCGUAGGGGCGUUUCUCUUCUCCAUAGAGACCCAGACCACCAUUGGGUAUGGGUUCCGCUGCGUCACCGAGGAGUGUCCGGCGGCGGUGGCUACGGUGGUGGUCCAGUCCAUUGUGGGCUGUAUCAUCGACUCCUUCAUGAUCGGAACCAUCAUGGCCAAGAUGGUUCGACCUAAGAAGCGGGCGCAGACCUUGCUGUUCUCGCACCACGCGGUAAUCUCCAUGCGGGACGGGAAGCUGUGCCUGAUGUUUCGCCUGGGGAACAUGAGAAAAAGCCACAUCGUGGAGGCUCACGUCCGGGCGCAGCUCAUCCGGCCGCAUGUCACCGCCGAAGGCGAGUACCUCCCCAUGGAGCAGACGGACAUCGACGUGGGCUACGACGAGGGCCUGGACCGCCUCUUCCUAGUGUCUCCACUGGUCGUGGUCCACGAGAUCAACGAGAACAGCCCGCUGUACUGCAUGAGCAGCGCCGACCUGACGACAGAGGACUUUGAGAUCGUGGUGAUACUGGAGGGGAUGGUGGAGGCCACGGCCAUGACCACCCAGGCCCGCUCCUCCUACCUGGCCAGGGAGAUCCUGUGGGGCCAUCGCUUCGAGCCCGUGGUCUUCGAGAAGGAGCACCGCUACCAGGUAGACUACUCCCGCUUCCACAAGACCUACGAGGUGCCAGCUACUCCGCACUGCAGCGCCAGGGAGCUCCGGGAGAUGACGGGCCGAUCCCGCUCCCCCUCGUCUGCCUCCGGCUCUAGUUCUACCCGGUCAGUGUCCCCUCUCGGUCCCAAGUCCUCUGGCCUCCACCUCUUGCCUCCACACUCCCCCAGCGCCUUCUGCUACGAGAACGAGGUGGCCCUGUGCUGCGGGGAGGAGGAGGGGGAGGAGGUAGGGGAGAUGGGUGUGAUGCUGGGGGGGAGGGACGACGGGGAGGGGGAGGAGAGGGACGUACAACUAGACAUCUUCCAGGAGAGAUUUCAGAACCAGGUAGCGGUGGACAUGAACAUGCUGUGUGUGCUGGACAUAGACAAUCAGAUUGACAGGCUGCAGCCGGCUAUAGCUCUUGAUGCGCUGGGCUUCAGGAGGGAAUCAGGAGUGUAGUGACUGAUUCACGCUAUAGAGUCAAACUGAGACAAGACAAUCCUGGGCUGGCCUGGUUACACAUCCACUAUAGUUGCUGGAACUGUGCUAGAAAGGAUAUUGUGAGAAGAAAAUGUCCAAGCCAGCCAGGGCCGUAGCUACAUAUGAGGACACUGAGGUCCAGACCUAGUUAAUAAAAAAAAUAAUUUAAAAAAAUUAAAUGUAUUUUUGGGGAACUCAUUCGGGGUCUCAACUUGCUGUUGAGAGUUAGAAUAGUAGAAUACACAAGGUGCGAUUUUGAAACUUGGCUGCCCCAGUUUUUCUCUGUCACUCACUGACAGUCACUCAAUUAGCCCAUGUCAUUAAAAAUAAAAUUAAAAAAUAGUUGAAUUAGUCUAGUUAGUCUAGACUGAACUUGUAGUAAUCAUGACCAAAUGACUGACUGGGCACAUAGGGCCCAGGGGACCUGACCUCCAGGGUUCCUCCAUUGAUUUUGUUAGUCACUCUCACUCAGACAUCCUAUUAACCAUAAGUCAUGUAAAAAUGUGUAGAAUUGCAGGAACAUUUCAAAACUUUUUUUAAUGCUUUACCAUUUGUUCAUAAAAUACUUUCUGCUAACAGAUUCCCUCAGUACCUAAAUUAUAGUUUUUAAUCCUGGUGCUGAGCUAAUUGUGUAGCUAGGCGAUGCGUUUGUAGAUCGACUGAGGUGAAUGAAGCAUCAGAAACCAUAGUGAUAAUGGCUUAGGUCGUGUUUUUUUUGCUCUUCUCCAAAUAGCAUUUUAGAGUUUUUUUAAUUGUAUAGAAAUGCAGUAAAAUGUCCUCACUAACAGUCAGACCCUGGCUACAGCCCUGAAGCCAGCACAUUGUGGUUUGGGUCGGCCCUGUAGUGUGAAUCAGUCAUAGAAGACUCUCGUGUCUAGUGUCCCGAAUGAACUAUGUGCCCUUGGUACAGUUCCUCUGCUUUUUUGUGUAUCCAACCAAAGUCCUCACAGAGAGAAGGAAAGAAUUCUGCAGCACAGCGAAGAAGGAAGGUUGAAUGACCUUAUUAUUCUCUCGAGUUUCUUUUUGUUUUUAAACAUAGUUGUGUUCAAGUACAUGAGUCUAAAUUAGCAUUUUAUAGCGCAAGACUUAAAUACAUUCUUAUUGUAUUCAAUAUUCAGUUGUAUAUAUUCUCUGGAAUAAUAUUCUUUGUGAAGUGACUUUUGGUUCCAUUCAACCAAAUCUUGUUACAGUUUUUCUUUUCAUUUACAGAUAGCUGUCAUGAGUCAUUAAUACUUUCAAAACCACAAAUUAAGUUGAUGUGGUAUUAAAAAAGUAUUUUCUGUUUGUAAAUAUAUGAUUUUUCAUGCUUAGAAACUAGGGCCGGGAUGAUACCAGUAUCACGAUACUCGUUAAUAUUGUGUCAAGGAAACAAAGCAUGACGUGGAUUUAACUUCUUCAGGAAAACAUCCGUAAUGUUGGAAACAAACCUCAUUAUGUUGUCAUUCAGAGUCACAUUUAUUUAUUUUCCAAGCUAUAGCACCCAAUAAUUUACAUACAUAUUUUAAGAACCAAAGAGUUUGGUCUGCCUUGAUGUUUCCAAUGAAUAUUGCGAUACUGGUAACAUCACAGACCUAUUAGAAACCAUGGUAAUUUUGUCUUCCUGCUUAAGGUAUAUCACUGUUAAUGUUUGAUACAUAAGCUAUGUAUUCCAAAAUUAGAAAAUAUUUUAUAACUGAAAAAUAAAUGGAAAAACAAUGAAUCUGAACAGAAACUGAGUUGGAAAUAACAUGUAUUGUGCAGAUAAAGAAUAACGAGCACUUUACUCUGUAUUUUAUCAAAAGGAAUGUCUAAAAAAAAGAUAUAUAUAUUUUAAUUGCUGUUUUGUAUGAAUGAAUAAAUGUCUAGUAAUAAUAAAAAUAAACAAGCAGCAGUAGCUGUUCUGGUUGAGACACUCUGCUCUGUUCUCACACA